AUACUGAUGUCGAAGACCUACAAAUCCGUUGUCCCUUGACAAGUCCAUCCAUGGCGUCCUGGAAGCUUGUGUACCUCUUUACCCUUGUCGGCUUCAUCAACUUCGUAGCCACUAAAGCACAGGACUAUGACAACGGUGGUGGCUGGUUCUCCUCCUGUUCAAACUCCACAACCACCCCAGACAGAGCCUUCCAAGCGAACGUGAGGACCCUCCUCUCUUAUUUAAUUUCCAACGCAACCGCUAACAAGCAAUUCUACAACACCACAGUCACUGGCAGAAACCACUCUGACUCAGUCUAUGGAAUGUUCAUGUGUUGGGAUGACCUCCCCCCACCGCUCUGUGGCCAGUGCGUCGCAAACGCAACCCAAAGAUUAUUCUCAGACUCAUAUCUAGAUUGUUCCUCGUACAAAACUGGAUGGAUUGAGAACGAUGCCUGCAUGAUUCGCUUUUCCAACCGCUCUUUCUUCUCCACCGUUGACAUGGAUUCAUCUUCCAGUUGGUGCAUCUCUUUCAACGUGACCAACGAAAUGAAUUUGUUAUCCAAAACCAUAAACGAAUCGGCAGAUGAGGCAGCCAAUUCUAUUGGUGCCAAGAAAUACGCCACGAAACAAGCAAGGAUAUAUGGAUUUCAUACCCUUUAUUUGGAAGCUCAGUGCACGCCCGAUCUGUCCCCCCAAGAUUGCAGAAAGUGUCUAAAUGCUACCCUAGUGAAUGGUCAACGGCAAUGUAACGCAGGCUUAGCGAGGUUCUUUUAUCCAAGUUGUAAAUUGAGGUAUGACGUGUACCCUUUCUAUCGCCCCACCACCACUCCGCCCCCGACGGGACUCGUUCCCUUCACUGAUUAUUCCAAUACAUACUCACCACAUCCUGUUUAUCUUUCUCACAAUUGUUCCAACAACGAAACCAUCACCACCACAGACACAGCUUUUCUACUCAAUCUCAGAACCCUCCUUUCUUCUCUGUCUUCCAACGCCACUGCCAAAACCGGUUUCUUCAAGACCACCGUCCACACGCUCACUGGCCUCUUCAUGUGCCGCGGGGAUCUUUCCUCUACGCUCUGUCAGCUAUGUAUCCAAACCGCAACCCAACGAAUAUCCUCAGAAUGCCCCUUCUCCAAAGAGGCUAUCGUUUGGUUCGAUCACUGUUUGCUUCGCUAUUCCAAUCGCUCUUCUCUCUCCACGGUGGACACCACUCCCACUUAUCGCCACUUCAAUAUCCACAAUACUUCCAACCCCAACCUGCUGCAAAGCUUAUUCACAUGGACUUUGGCGAAUACUUUAUCUGAAUUGGAGAUCCAGACAGGGGACAGUACUGUUAAGAAUUAUGGAACAAGAUCAGUCAAAUUGAAUGAUCACCAAACCCUCUAUACUCUUGCUCAAUGCACGCCAGAUCUAUCUAAUGUCGAUUGCCGCACCUGUCUAGACAACAUUUUCAGAAGCGAAAUUGCAUGGUGUUGUCUGGCGAGUCCAGAGGGGGAAGUACUGAAUCCUAGCUGCUAUAUGAUGUUUGGAUUGUCCCAAUUUUACAGAGUCGGUGACCAAUUAGUUGAGGUUAACACGCUAGCUACUCCUCCAACAACCACCGCAGAAAACGAAAAAGUUGGCUCACAAACAAUUAUCUUCAUUGUUGUCGCUAUCGUUGUCUCGGCGGCAUUCCUUUCCUUUUGCUGCUAUUUGCGAAGGAGAAAUGCAAGAAAAAGUAAUUAUAAGAAUCUUCUCAGAAAAAACUUUGGUCAGGAAAGUACCACUUUAGAAGGGUUGCAAUUUGAUUUGACUAUAAUUAAAGCAGCAACAAAUAAUUUUUUGCGAGAAAAUAAGAUCGGCAAAGGUGGAUUUGGAGAAGUUUACAAGGGUAUUCUUUACGAUGGACGACAUGUAGCUGUCAAGAGACUUUCAACAAGUUCUAAACAAGGCUCAGUGGAGUUUAAGAAUGAAAUUUUGUUGAUAGCAAAGCUACAACAUAAAAAUCUUGUGACAUUUAUAGGAUUUUGCUUAGAAGAGCAAGAAAAGAUUCUUGUUUAUGAAUACAUGCCAAAUGGGAGCCUUGAUUACCUUUUAUUUGGCACUCGACAAAACAAGUUAAGUUGGCUUGAGCGUUAUAAAAUUAUAAGAGGAACUGCUCUGGGACUUCUUUAUUUACAUGAAUAUUCACGACUUAAAAUUAUUCAUCGUGAUCUUAAACCUAGCAAUGUUCUUUUAGAUGAAAAUAUGAACCCUAAAAUAUCAGAUUUUGGCAUGGCUAAAAUUGUUGAAAUGGAUCAAGAUUAUGGAAAUACCAAAAGGAUUGUUGGAACAUAUGGUUAUAUGUCGCCAGAAUAUGCAAUGCUCGGACAAUUUUCUGAAAAAUCAGAUGUUUUUAGUUUUGGUGUCAUGAUUCUUGAAAUUAUUAGUGGAAAAAAGAAUUUAAAUUCGUAUGAAUCAAACAAUAUUGUUGAAGGUCUCACGGGUUAUGUUUGGAGACAAUGGAAAGAUCAAACUCCAUUAAGCAUCUUAGACUCAAACAUUGAAGAAAGUUAUUCACAAAUGGAAGUUCUUAAAUGCAUACACGUUGGUUUACUAUGUGUUCAAGAAAAUCCGAAUGUUAGACCUACAGUGGCAACAGUUAUUUCAUAUCUUAACAGUCAUUUACUUGAAUUGCCAUCUCCACAAGAACCUGCUUUUUUCUUACACAGACCUAGAAUUGAUAAAGAAAUAAUUACUCAAGAGUCAACUUCCAGUCAAGCUCCCAAUGGUUCCACGCUAUUCUCUAUUAAUGAAAUGUCCACAAGUAAAUUUUAUCCUCGAUAAAUAAUUAAUUCUUCAUUUAUGUUGGUAAUGUAUAAUAAAUUUUAUGUGACAUUUAAGAUGUUAGAGAUUGAGUUAUAAGUUUAUUUAUGAUGUAUUUAUUCAAUAUUUUC